UUCUCCGUGCAGACCUCCAAAUUAGACCAUCAUACGAGACCAUCAAUUCAGCCCCAGAUCAGAACACCAAAUCGAAAUACAACAUCAUGCAAUCGUCAGUCCGACCACCAAAUCAGACCAUUAGAGCAGACCACCAGAUCAGAUCACUCCACCAGACCACAGACCACCAUCCUCCUAACAGAACAACAUACUCAGCCUCUUGAAAUGGUACAGGUCAGGUGCAUUCUUUAGGGGUGGGGUCAAGGGGGGUAUAUAGAGCUCUGGAUGAACCUUGCAAAGCAUACUUUCCACACACUUUCGGCCUGAAGUUUCCGGACUUUUUUUCGGCUUAAUCUAACUUUAUUUAGUUUAGCUAGUGGGGUUCCCUGGGCUGGUAAGGGCCUCCCCUUCCCUUUUUCAUUAGAUGGGUUCCUUUGCAGGUGUUCGGUCAGCAAUAAGUUCGGCUUUUAGGAAUAGGUUCGGUUUUUUGGAUUCGGCUUCGAUUCAAGGAAAUGGUUGGGCUGUAUCUUUUUGCGCCUUUUCAGAUGGACGUCACCACCGCUGCUUUUCUCGUCGUCGUCGUCGUGUUCACUACGAUCUCCCGCUUAGCUGCGCCAAUUUUGAAUUGAUCUAUCACACUUCACUUGACAGUCUAUGCGCUGUGCAAGUGAAGCUUUCAUUCGCAAGGUUCAACCAGAUGAUGAUUAUUCUAAGACCUAACUUAGUAAACUAGAGGCUUCAGAUUAUUAAGCUACGGUGAGAGUACCUCAUUUGGUCACUGCUUACAAGCUUAGUAGUCUCUCUGGUUACAGGUAAAUAGUUAGAAUAGCCUCGCAAAUUUGGGUCUGCUCCUACCAAUUUGGCUUUAAUUUUGAUAUUAAAAAGUACAAGUGUGAAAUGAAAUUUUUUGAUGCGCAAUUUCAGACCUCGAACUUGUGAUGGUAGAUCAGUUAACAGGUUUAGUCGUACAACCAAAGGUAAUCUGCGACCAGGCGUUUCUUCUCGAGAAGAGAUAACACCUUGUUGCAGGUUACAAGGGCAACAUGGGACAAUCCACUCACCACAGGCUAGAUCGUUUACAAAUCGUAAGCGUAGGAAGUCUUCGAGACCAAUCUACGACGCAGUUUCAUCGCUGGAGGAACAAAAAGAUGCCGACAAGCUAACUUAAGUUUAUUAGCCUGCGAGGUAAUUACGAAAAUGCUAUCGAAUUAGGCCGAGAAUUUCGGGGACACGCAUGUGUAGGCCCACCAUACCUUAAUAUGCGUGUCCCUGAAUUGCAUUCAGGUGAAAACCUCGCUGGUUAUAGAUAGCAUUUCCCGAUCAGUAUAAGUAGCAGGAGAGGAUACUUUGGCUUGGCAUUGUUGACACUAAGACGAUCUGAUUUGUCUUCCUGUUAAUUUUGCCUGGCUUGAGGGUUUUCUUCUUAGGAAGUCCUGCAUUGCACUAUGCAGGCACAGAUCGUCUACAAAUGGUAGGCGUACGUAGUCUUCACGUCGACCGUUCGUGGCUAUUGGUUUCUUCGUCCUCCAGACGCCGUCAGUAUUUUUCUACCUCCGACAGCUCUUGAAGCACGCCAUGACUGGGACCAAAUCCUAUGCAGCACAUUGUUUCUUCAACUUUUUUUUUUCUGAUUCUUGUAACAAAAUGUCUGAAAUGUGAAUAAAAUUUAUUUUAUUAUAUUGUUUCAUAUUGUGUUGUGGGUCACGUAUAGCAUCAAGAAGAGGCCGGCCGAAGAAAGAAGAACAAAGAACCUCGAGAGCCUAAGAAAGAUAGUCCAAUAGUCCAGUUAAUUAAGUAGGUCAGGUACCUUCCUUUGCAGCCAUGAAUGGAGCAGAAGAAUCACGUGGGACCAAACCGGACAAUAACGAUGCUGACGAUGCCAAUGGGUGAUGUUGAUCGUUUACACUAAAACGUCAUUCUGCUUUUAUGGAAAUAGAAGCCGAUGACAUCUUAGUGUAAACGACUUCAUCAUUAGGAAGGCCAGGUUAAGCCAGAGGAGACAGCGUAGAGUAAUAUAAUAACUUUUAAGAGCUGUCUUGACUAACGCUGGCAUUUCCAUAAUUUAGACCCUAUUCCGUGUAGGCACGAAUUUGAAAAAUUUUGAAACGAAUCAAACAAGUUUUUUCUGGAAACUAGAAAAUGUGAAAGGCAAUUCUAAAAACUGCUGCGCGCAGAAGUUCAUCGUAUCUCGGAUCCCAUAUUCAACAAUUGUUGUUCUUGUCGCAUAGUACAAUGUUAGUUGAGACAGCAAAUAUAUUUAAUAAUUUUAAUUUCAAGUGGCCGGCCGGACUUCAUCUUUGGAGCAACUCCAAGGGAUCAUCAUCAUCAUCAUCAACAACAGCAACAAUAACAACAACAACGUCAUGGUCUACCGUAUUCCUAUCUACGUCUUGGUCUAUAGGAUUGUUGGUCCCAGCAUCCUUGGUCCUUUGUUGGAGGAACAUGACGACAGAGUACAGCAGCCCAUAUAAGGUAGGGCUGAUUGAUGUUGGUACAAAGUUUGCACAAAGCAGACUCACUUGAUCUGCAAUAGCGUACGGCAAAUUGAAUUUCCGCGGCACCGUUAUUCUUCUAGAAAAGUUCGCAGCUAAUGCAAACCUUGUACCACACCAAUCAGCCCAAGUAAUAACUCAGUGUGGCACAAGGUAUGUGGAUUUUUUUUCUUUGUUAGGCGAUUAGAUUUUCGGUUCGGUCCAUUCGGCAUUUUUCCGGUCUUCGAUUCGACUUGCGAUCUGAUUUCGGAUUCGACUUCGAAAAAUGUGAAGGCUUGGUAUCGACGAUGUUUCGAUAGCAAGCUGCCAAAUGUCCCUGCGUACCGUCCGGGGGACCCUGGUGUGUUUCAUUCGAGGUGUCAAGAUUUAUGGACACAUGUCACACUCCUCGGUCUAUCAAUUCCGGACGCCAAAUUCUUGUAGGAGCGCAUCCCCGCAUACUACUUAAUUUCUGUAAACGGCUUACUUAAUUCAAUAAAAAUACCUAACCUAAUGCGUUGUCUGUGUGAUUUUUUCUUUUAGUUUAAGAUUUAGUUUAUAGCUAAGGUUUAGUUUUAGAGUAAUUACUAUAAGUACUAAUGACGAUUUGAUUUGCAGGUAUCUUAAAAAAAUACUUGUUAUAAUGGCCUUGAUAAAAAUAAAACAAACAAAAAAACGCUGAGUUUUCAGUCUGAUGUCUUUUAAAACCGCAUUGACAUUAACUGUCAUAUCAGUGUGUUCUACUGUAAACACACAAAUAACCAGUUUCUUCAUUUCAGGUACUAUUACUUCGAAAGUCGAAUAUUUUUCCGUUUUUUGACUCGACCUCUACUUUUUUGGUUGACCGUUAAUGGAUCCUUUUUUGGGGGCGCGCCCUCCCAAGAUUGUACAUGGCUUAUGUUUUUCCACCCUUGUACCUCUUCAGCUCUGGAUGCGUUCUUGAAGAAACGCACGGCACUAACAACUUGGAAGUCGGAAGUGAAGUGUUGAAUGCAUAACAGAAACGUUUAUAUUAGGGUUACUGUAAUUGAAAGCUGAUGAAAAAUAAAGUUUACCGAACAACAGAAAAAGUCAUCAGCUUGUUUUUCUCCUUUCACUUAAUCUAAAUAAGUUUUAUUUGUUGUAACAAAGUUGCUUUUCCAGCACAUAAUAAACAAUAAAGCUUGAUCAAGACAAAUCUUCUUUAACAGUGUAUUUUUUCUUUAAAGCUAUAAUAAUUUAAGUAAUUUAACAAGUUUUAUUUCAGCUUUUUACACCUUUUUUUCGCUCGAGCACGUGAUCGCCGCCACGAAGACGUCUUUUUGGGCGCGCCCUCUCAAGACCGAGCACGCCAAACUGAUCGUUUGACGUAUGCUCUCAAGAAGCUCGUUUUGGAAGUACUUCUGGCUGCGUUCCUCAAGAAACGCAUGAAGACACUGAUUACGACUGAAAAAAUGACUUCAAGUUCUAAAGGUAACGCAGAUAUUUGUUUUUUCUUGUAGUUGUUUUAACUGUUAAAUGUUUUUGUUUUAACUGUCGAAUGAUUUUUGUGUUUCAGGGGCGGAUCUAGUGAGGGUUAACUGAGAAAUGUUUUCUAAUACAACUGGCUCGUAAGAAAAAAAAACUAUGUGAUUUAUUAGUGUUGAGGUAGAGAAGAGACACUAAAAAAAUCAAAUCUGAUUUUGCUGAUACAUGCACUUUUCCUCAGAUAAUACUAAAAUUUAUUCAUACGGGCUUUAGUGGGAUUCAAACCCGCGAUCUUUGUUUAGUUACUGGUACUCCUAGUAUACCAAAGAGUGCAGUUUCCAAGACGUUGGAUUUAAAAUGGUCCCGGCACUGUCUUGAGUUUGUUUUAUGAUAGCUGACAGAUAGAAAAUGAUUGGGUGUUAUGAGCAUUCAAUUUCAAGGCUUUUUAAAGAAAGUGGAGUUUGUAAUUGGUUACCAACCGCUCGACAAGGACGGUGUUUUGAUAUUACUUACUCUAAUUUUGAAGAAGCAUUUCAUUUAGGUCAGAGAAGUCUAACCGGGUUAUGGCAGUUCCGAACUCUUAUCAGCAACCUGUAACCUGUAAGUACCAGAAUAUUAUAGGAAAGUCUUCACCUUCAAAAGGAUAAACAUUCUACACUAGAUUGCGUAGUUGCGUCGAACGAAAGAGUUUUAACAUCAAUUGUGCUCUUGCUGCACCAAAAGUCGUACAUUUAUAGGUAAACUGGCCUCUGUUCCAGUGGGAUUCCAACCCUUGAAAAUUGCUUCAUUAGUAAGCAAAUCGAUAUGAAAUAGUACUGAUAUUCAAACGCCAGGACGUCUCCACCUCGUCCUCUGGGCGAAGGAGUGUUAAGGAAGUUGCAGAGUUUGAAGUUUAUGUUCAACUGUCAUGGUGCAACGUUAGCCUUGAUAAUCUGUUUUUAGAAGCUUUUCUCUCAGGUCUGUGCAACUCCAGAAGUUGUUUCAACACACAGUCUAACCAGCCCAGUUCCUGAUGACAGCGAGCAGAUAAUACAACACGGAUGCGUCAGAAGGUUCUUUACUGCUGAUACAUGGUGAUAUGAACGAACCUGCCUGGCAGGCCAACGGUAAGUGCUGAAACGAAAUUACGAAUACAUUAAAAAAAUGUGAGCAGGAAGAAAACUGAUAGCAGGAAAAGCGAAUGUUUGUUCAAGUUUUGAUAAAACGUACUGGCCUACGUAGUGGGUAGCUACACUGUUAUUUUGUUAAAACUUUUACUGAAUUUCCUUAUAUUCGUGUUUCCUUUUUGUAGGAAAAUGUAGGAACUAUCUGGUGAGGCAACGUCAUGAGUAGAGGGCUGGACUUUCACCUGUUGCAUUGAUCUGCAUGAUGAUUAAUUAUCUUGAUGAUGACGAUGGCGAUGAAUAAGUGCUGUCACGCAGUGGCAAACGACGACGGUGAUGAUGAUGAUGAAUCUGAUCUUCGAUUCUUCAGCAGGUGAAACGUGCAUUGAAACUUAACUAGAAGAAAUGUGUAUCUCAGACUCUUAUGAGGUAUUGUAUAUAUGCAUUGUGUACGUAGAGUGACGUGCGCAGGUCAGAGAGACAUAUUUUCGCCCGCCAUGGGGAAUAGAGUUGUGUUCUGCCUAAAUGCUUAGGUUUAUUGCUUUGUGUUACGAUACUUUGGCGACGAGGAUGGCCGAGCUCGGGAUAGGGUGGCCAUGAUAAGUAUUGGAGGGUGGAGAGAAAUAGAGUAUAAAUUUGUCCAGCUCAAGACCUAUAAUUACAAUACAACAGCAAAGACAAAGUGAAUUGAGUUUUCCCGGCAGUUCGGAUGGUCUUGGCGUUCUUCUCCGAGGAUUUUCAAAAGGUCAGUAGGGAUAAAACUGAAAUUAAUGACUUGCAGAUGAAGCACACGAUGGUCUCAUUUGAAGCACAAAAGAAAAAAAUGGCGAAGAAGGAAAUAAAUCAAGAAAAAUGGAGCAAAAAUGAACUUAAAAUAAGAAAUAAAUAUAAAAGGAAAGAAAAUAAAUAUAAAAAUAGUAAAAUGAUAAGCUAUCAUAAAUAAUAAAUUGAAAAUAAAGUCAAAUAAAUAAUACGAGAAUAAGAAAAUCAAUAGUAAUGAUUACGAUAAUGAUAAUAAUAAGAGAAAAGGAAAUAAUUGCAUUAAAAGAGACAUCAUCGAUUUUUGAAAACGAAACUGCAAGGAUUUUAAGGCAGUCACGUUUCAAAAAUCAACAGAAGUAUCUUUUUAAUUUUAAAGUCUUUUUAGAUACACUUUUAAUGCUUUUCCUUUUCUUUUACCGUCAUUAUAAUCAUUACUAUUACUAUUAUUAACUAUUACUAUUAUUAGUAAUAUUAUUAUUAUUAUUUUCAUUUUUAAUUUCCUUUUUGUUACAUUCUUUAGAUUUUUUUACCUUCUUUGUCGUUAUUCUUUUGUGCGUAAGUCAUUAUUUUUAAGUUUUAUCCCUAUUAAUAAGUUUGAAACUGUUAUAUCAAAUUUUCAACCGAGUCGAUUUCUAACUAUAUAGGGACGGCCUGACCAUCUGAAUUAUGCGAAAACGCCAGUCCUUUUUGUCUUUGCUUGUUUCGGCUUGAUUAGUUAAUUACACCCUUUAAUCUAAUGCAGGAACAAGUAAGGGAAAAAUUAACUUUGAUGAUAAGUUCAAUAAUAAGCUGAAUGAAGAAACAGAUGAUCAGAGGGAAAACUUAACUUUGAUAAUAAGUUCAGUUAAACGUGUGGUCUUCCUUUCUUGAGAGAUAUAGGAGCAGCUAACGUUGACAAGUUGGGCACCCUUAUGAGGCACCGUGAUGUGAAGAGGCAAGACGUAGUUGACUGACACCUGUUGUAUGGAUGAUAAUGAUGAUGAUGAUGUUUUGACGAUGAUGCCGACAAUGAUGUUGACGAUUAUGCUGACGAUGAUGACGACGAUAAUGAUGUUGACGGUGAUGAUGAUGAUGAGGAUGAUGCUGACGAUGACGUUGACGAUGACGACGAUGAUGAUGAUGCUGAUGAUAGAGAUGAUGAUGCAGAUGAUGAAGAUGACGUCGCUGACGAUGAUGAUGAUGACAAUGAUGCGGAAAAUGAUGACGAUGAUGACGUUCUUAAGAAAAUUUGUUCCUUGACGAAAAAACUCCGAAACUCAGUAAAUGGCCAUGGCGAC